CAAUAUACAUUCAUUGUCUGGAAUAUGUUCAAGACUGAUUUUAAUAAAUUUACAAAGGAGUUUCUACCAUUUUUAGAUAUCAACAGAGAUUGAAGUUGAGGGAAAUUUCUUGGUAGAAAGUAAAAAUAAAAUAUAAGAAUUGGUGAAAAAAGAACAAUUAUGGAAAGCAAAUUAUGUGAGACACCAAUUAUGAUUAAGACAGAGCCUGAAAGCAUUGAUUUUCCUGAUGAGAUGGUGAAAGAGAUGGGAAAAACGUCAAAUCAUUGUGAUACCUGUGGUAAAUCAUUCACUCGAAGAGGUCCUUUCAUUAGGCAUAAGUGCAUUCAAGUAGAGGAAAAGUCUCAUCAUUGUGAUAUCUGUGGUGAAUCAUUCUCUCAAAGGAAAGUUUUAACUACUCACAAACGUAUUCAUACUGGAGAAAAGCCAUAUCAAUGUAAUAUUUGUGGUAAUUCAUUUUCUCGAAGUAGAAACUUAACUACUCAUAUACGUAUUCAUACAGGAGAAAAGCCAUAUCACUGUGAUAUAUGUGGCAAAUCAUUUGCUCGGAGUGAUCAGUUAAAUGUACAUAAAUACAUUCAUACAGGAGGGCAGCCAUAUCACUGUGAUAUCUGUGGUAAAUCAAUGUCUUCAAAUAGUAAAUUAACAAUACAUAAACGCUUUCACACUGGGGAGAAGCCAUUUCAGUGUGAUAUCUGUGGUAAAUCAUUCUCUAUUAGUAGUCAUUUAACUACUCACAAAUAUAUUCAUACAGGAAAGAAGCCAUAUUGCUGUGAUAUCUGUGGUAAAUCAUUCUCAGUAGGAAGUAAUUUAACUACUCACAGGCGAAUUCAUACUGGAGAAAAGCCAUAUCACUGUGACAUCUGUGGCAAAACCUUAUCUGAUUCAGGUAACUUAACCAGUCACAAACGUAUUCAUACAGGAGAGAAACGAUACCUCUGUGAUAUCUGUGGUAAAUCAUUUUCUCACAGUGGACAUUUAACUGCACACAAAUGCAUUCACACCGGAGAGAAGUCAUAUUGCUGUGAUAUCUGUGGUAAAUCAUUUUCUCGUAGAGAAGUAUUAACUGUACACAAACAUAUUCAUAUAGGUGAUAAGCCAUUAAACUGCAAUGUUUGAAGUAAAUCAUUUGCUCUAAGUAGUCAGUUAACUGUGCACAAAUACAUUUAUACAGGUGGGCAGCCAUACCUUCAUAAUAUUUGUGAUAAAUCAAUGUCUUUAAAUAGUAAAUUAACAAUAUACAAACACUUUCAUACUGGAGAGAAUCCAUUUCACUGUGAUAUCUGUGGUAAAUCAUUCUUGAUUGGUAGUCAGUUAACUACUCACAAACACAUUGAUACAGGAAAAAAAGCCACCUUGCUGUGAUAUCAGGCAAAUCAUUUUCUGACCCAGGUAACUUAACAAGUCGCAGGUGUAUUCAUACAGGAGAAAAGCCACAUUCCUGUGAUAUGUAUACUAUAUUGUUUUCUCAUAGAGAUAUAUUAACUAGACACAAGUGCAUCAAUUUGGGAGAGAACCCAUAUCAUUGUGAUAUCUGUGGUAAAUCAUUGUCUCAGAAAUAGCACUUCAUUGUCCAUGUAUCUAUUCAUACAGAAGAAUAACUGAGUCAAUGUAUUUAAGUUGUGGUGGUAAAAAAAUAUCUAACCAUAGAUAUAUAUUUACAGAAGGUAGACAAACCUAUCUUUCGAAAUUAUAUUUUAUGUAACUCCAACUAACAUUUAUAUUCAUGUCUUAUUGCAUUGAUAUUUUUAAGAAAAGUACUGUUUUGGACCUAACAUAUUUCCUGAAAGAAAGGCAAGAUACAAUUAAUUUAUUGGACAUUGUGGGUAAAUAACUAAGGAAUGUUUUCUCAUAAAUCAGAGAUAACAUCACCGUUCAGUUAUUAUGUUAGAAAUAAAAAUUGCAAAUGAUGAAAUAUAUUUCAUCAUAGCAUUUUGGAAUAAAAAUGUAAUGUCUUA